UGCGCGCUAUUAACCUUUUCCCUUCCAUUCCAAAACACAGACGAAGAUGGCGGAAGAGCGACAGAAGCUUUUGGACGAGGAAGGGGGUAUCUCUUCUUCAGAUCCCAGAAAUGAAAGCGGACCGGUCAAACCGAUGUCCGCGCUCUGUGACCCGAGACAACUGCUUCAUCGCAUUUUCGUCCUGCUUUUUAUGUGCUUUCUCGGAUUCGGAAGUUACUUCUGUUACGAUAACCCCGCUGCUUUGCAGACUCAAGUGAUACAGGACAUGAAGCUCAACACAUCCAUGUUCAUGCAGCUCUAUGCCUGGUACUCCUGGCCCAACGUGGUGCUCUGUUUCCUGGGGGGCUUCCUGCUCGACAGGGUCUUUGGAAUCAGGCUAGGAACGAUAAUCUUCGCCUUGUUUGUCUGCGUUGGACAGGUUAUAGUUGCUGUUGGGGCACUUCUAGAUCUAUUCUGGUUAAUGGAGAUUGGACGCUUUGUGUUUGGGAUCGGCGGUGAGUCCCUGGCGGUGGCCCAGAACACCUAUGCAGUGAACUGGUUCAAAGGGAAGGAACUCAACCUGGUGUUUGGUCUUCAGCUCAGCAUGGCCAGGCUGGGUAGCACGGUCAACAUGAACAUCAUGGGCUCGGUGUACAACCGUGUCGCUGACCUGGUAGGCUUGACAGGACACACCACUCUCGGAGUCUCACUCAUGAUCGCUGGGGCGACCUGUAUAUUCUCUCUGGUUUGUGCUCUGGUGUUGGGCUAUCUGGACAAGCGAGCCGAGAGGAUCCUCAACAAGGAACAGGGAGGGACCGGGGAAGUGAUCAAGCUGACGGAUGUGAAGGACUUCCCCUUCCCACUGUGGCUCAUCUUCAUCAUCUGUGUGGGCUACUACGUGGCCAUCUUCCCCUUCAUCGGAUUGGGACAGGUUUUCUUCAUUGAAAAGUUCAACUUCUCACCAGCUGAAGCAAGAGCAAUCAACAGUAUUGUGUACAUCAUCUCGGCCCCAGCCUCUCCUGUGUUGGGCUUCAUGGUGGACAGGAUAGGGAAGAAUGUAAUCUGGGUGCUGUGUGCCGUCGUCACGACGCUCAUAGCCCACAUGAUGCUCGCCUUCACCUUCUGGAACCCCUGGAUCGCCAUGUCCCUGUUGGGUUUGUCCUACUCCCUGCUGGCCUGUGCCCUGUGGCCCAUGGUGGCCUUCGUGGUGCCAGAGCAUCAGCUGGGGACAGCCUAUGGCUUCAUGCAGUCCAUCCAGAACCUGGGCCUGGCUCUGAUCUCCAUGGCAGCAGGAUCUAUUCUGGACAACAAGGGAUACCUCUUCCUGGAGGUCUUCUUCAGCGCCUGUGUCUGCUUGGCACUGAUUGCAGUAGUGAUGCUGUACUUUGUUGAUUGUCUACGAGGAGGAGAUCUGAACCUCUCAGCCUCUGCCCGGGCAAAACUCCUGAAGUGCUCCAAUUCAGAUUCAGAGUGAGCGUGCACACAGUCUUGGGCCACAGCUGUCAAUCACCCCCUAGGGACCCUACUGGCUCCUCCCAUCUGCACACUGACCCAUUCCUGCAACGUAACUGAUCCCUCCCAACAACAUACUGACCCAUCACAGCUCAGAUGCUGACCCCUCUGCUCUGACAUCACAUACCGACUCCUCCUCACUGACUCCUCCCUCCUGUGGCUGUGUGAGGGCUGGCUAAUGACUGACUGGUGUUUGUGUGCAUGUUUGGAACCUCAAACCUCAGCACCAAUCACACUUUAAUGUCAGUAGAGUGGGGUACCAGAAAGCACUUUAAGCUGACUUUGAAAGGUUUUUAAAUGUCUGUGGAACUAGGCCCCAGGCUGAGUGACUUUUACUUCAGGGAUGUAAAGUUCUUCACCGAUAAUGUACGCCUGGAUGUGUCUUAUUGCUUAGCAAAAUCAUCUAUGCUAUAAGAGGUGAACGAACUGGUUCAAUAUUCUUAGAAAAUAUAUUUUAAUCAUCUCUCUAAAACCAGGGUGUUAGAAAGGACUUAAUUGUCCAUCAAUGUUAUAUUAUGCAUGUUUUGUUAAAUGUAUAUUGUUCGGAAAGGUCUUUACAUUUUUACUUCAGGUUUUUGAUCAUCUGAAACAAACAGUUGGUGUGCUUAACUUUUAAACACCCACAAAUGAAUAAUCUGUGUAAUCAUCAUGGAGAAAAUGUCAAACUGGCAACCGCAAAACCAACCCAUCUCCUUUCCCGGCGUUUGCAUACAGUGAGGUCAUUCUCAAUAGUAAUCAUAUACGCAUCAUCUAGUUUGACAGAUUUAUGCUGGACCAUUUCAGAAUCUGCAUUGUGUUAAAUUCUUUAUAGCGCCGUUCCUUCAUUAAAUUCCUUUUCUCUUGGCUCGUAAAACUUGACUCUGUCACACCAUCAAGGCUAAGGCAGACCUUGUCAAAGUGAUAAAGGAAUUUAAAGGGGAAACAUUUUUGAUAGUAUUCACCCAAUGUAUAAUUACGUUCCAUUUCUUAACUUUUAACUCAAAUUUUGAAUGCAGCAGUUUUUAGUGACCUUCAUGAAAAUGACCUGGCUUAUGUCUAAGAAGAAGAACUUUGAAGAAACCUAAAACAUUGGGAAAGGGGGACACCUAGUCAGUUAUACAACUGAAUGCAUUCAACUGAAAUGUGUCUUCUGCAUUUAACCCAACCCCUCUGAAUCAGAGGUGUGGGAGGCUGACUUAACAUUGGCAAUUGGGUGGAAACCCUCUUUGCUGUACAACUGAAUGAAGGAUAAAUAUUUUUUUUGCUGAUAUUUAUUGACCACUCUCAGGAAAUUGCCAAGAGACACUUUCAUGUGUUGAAAACCACUAAAUCAAAUGAUAAUUCUGUCAAUCACUUUUGAUGAUAGUCGUUCUCUUGUAAUGAAUGAUCGCUUCAAAUUCUUUAACCCUGAAUCAGUUGUCUGCCGGACAUCACGAGCUUUAACUAAGUGGCUUGCCGUAGCAUAGUAUUAGGUCAAGUAUUGUGGUGGAGGACGCCUGUCCAUAUACCACUAAAGUUGUGAUGGCUGUUUGUCUUUGUUAGAUCCAGAAUAGUCUCUGUGUAAAUUGCAAUGAGUGCUGUCUGUUUAGAGUUGAUCUCUCUAACAGCUCUAAAUAACAUAUGUGUUCUAUGGGUACUACUGCCUAGAGCAAAGAUCUCCAACCCUGUUCCUGGAGAGAAAUUCAUAUUUUAUUUUUUGCAAUAAAAAAUGACAAACUACAUGUACUUUUAGGCUAUUUUAAAUUGCCACAGUUAAAUUUAUGAAGGAAUGAAAAAAAUACCUGUUUUUGUUACAUAUGUUCACUGUGUUUGUUAAAGAACAUUAUCAGGCCAUUGUGUCCUUGCCAGAACUGAUUGUCAUUCUGUCUGAUCAAAUGUACUUUUAUUUACUACAGUAUUGUCUCAGGACGUCAAAUAAACUUUUGUAUUUUUACCAUGAUGAUUAUGCCACUCCCCCUGCUGUCCUUGUAGAGUUGAAAGGUGUCAGAGGGUCAGUCAGCAGACUGGGGAAAAGCUGGCCAAACUCAGGCCCAUGUCUGGUUUUGGCCUGCGCAACCGUUACCUGUCCAGACUAGGAGCUCAGGUACACACAAACACCGUAUGCAGAUGGAUGCUAAAUUCCCUUCUACUUCCUCCAGCUCCCAGAUCACUGCUGUACCCCCCCCCCCCCCCCCCCCCCAGUCUUCACUGGCACACAGAAGUGUACUGAAGUGAUGCGGCCUACACUGCACAACCCCCCUCAACUUAGAAAUUCAGCCUGUGUCCAUGUCUCUGGACAAAAGGUACUUUCAGGUGUUGACCUGACGUAGAACUGAUAAGCUACUGCUGUAUUUUGUAUAUGUUGCUGUGAAGCCACACGUGCCUUUUUGUUUCUGUAUUACUGUUUCUAAGCGAAUCACAAAAUUACAUUUGAUGGUGUAAAUGAGCUACUAUAGACAUCGUAACUAUGUUUGUAUCUUGAAAGUACUAUUUGGUGUAAUAAUGUAUGUUUUCCAUGCCCUGUACAGUAAGUGUGAAGUCUUGAGUAAGUGUAUUUAUUUUUUGUCUGCAUGGCCCUCAGAAAUGUGGAUAUGGUUAUCAACUGUGCCAGCAGCAGAGGGCACUAUUUAUCUGUGAUACAAUAUGAAAGUCAACGUUGGAGUCCAUCUGAGUUUGAAUGGACUACCUUUUUGUUGCACAUGCCUACAGGUGAGGAUGUUACCUUCAUGACUGAAUACAGCCAUUGCCUUUAUUGGUAUGUGACUGAGAAAUGUGUAUGUAAAUUGCACUAUAUUUAAGUGUCAGUAAGAUAUUGAAGGUGUUUGCUUUGGUAUUGUAAUGAGUUCUGUACUUUGUUGUUUGUGAAAUGGAAAAUCAUGUGGUUCCAAUAAACUAUCUGAGAAAGAGA